GAUGGAUAGGUGUCGCGUGCACGGCAAGACCAAAACCUGGAACUAUAUAUAUAUAUAUAGACAGAAUAGUGUCUAUCUAACUCAUUUUACGUAUAUCAUCACUUAGAAGCGUAUAUAAAACAGUUUAAAUUGUGUCAGGUUUACUAACAAAGUCACAACCUGGAACUACAUAUAUAUUUUAGAAAGAAUUGUUUAUCUCUUUCUUCCGUAAGAAACCUGGACAUUAUUAUUUAAGACUGAAUUGUGCCUUUAUGCUUUACUAAUGUAUACGGCAAAACAAAAACCUGGAGCAUUAAUUUAAAAUUUAACUGUUUGAAUUGUGUCCAGCAUUUUAACGUAAGCAAUCUGAACCUGUAAAACUAUCAGGUUUGAUUUGUCGAGCGUGUGUAGCGAGACCAAACCCUGGUACACUAUACACACAUUGGGACUAUCAUGUAUGAAUUCAACUAUCACCAGCAUCAGUUACAGGGACCAGAUAGAAUAAAUUACAGACGGGAGUUAAUGCAAAAUAUAGGAGACAACGCGGAACGUGAAAGGACUAGAGUCAAAACAUUGAGAGGGGCAUUUUUGGAACUACAGAGGAGUCUUCCUGCCGUACCCCCGGACACUAAGUUAUCCAAGUUAGAUGUUUUAGUUUUAGCCACAACAUACAUUGCACAUUUAAUGAGAACUUUGAAUGACGAGGAAGAAAAUCAAAAUUUUGCUUCAAAUGGAAUCUUGCACCCAGUAAAGAAAUGGCCGAUGAGGUCUCGUCUGUAUGCCGGGAUUUUAUCCAGUACGUUUCCAGUGUAUACAGGAAGACAUGUCGAACAUAGACAGAAAAACGACAAACACAACACAUGUCCGUAUCUACAGAAUAACAUGUGACAGAGCUCUGAUAGAGACAAUGCAUGAUGAACUAUAUGUUAUCCGUCACGUAAAUACAAAAUAGUCGGAAGAUUAACAAAGGACAUAUGAAAGUGUUAAAUACUAUUCAAUUAUUUAGUAAAGUGAUGAAAGGACACAAUUUGUUUAUAAGAUGCAGUAUGUUUUGGAGAUUUCACCUGUAUA